UGGUAUUUGUACGUAUAAAGCGUAUACGUAUACGUAUUUUAUUGGGAUCAACUCUCAAAGAGCGGAGCCGGCUGGACGCCAACUUGUUUCCCAUCCUUGUCCUUGGUCGUCGCCAAUAUAUAGCCGCCCUCAUCCCGGCGGAUCCCUUCGUCUCAAUCCCACACCACCACCUCCUCCCUCUUCUUCCUCCUUUGGGUCCUUCCCAGCCGCCGCCGGCCAUGGCCUCCCUCACCGACCUCGUCAACCUCAGCCUCUCGGACACCACCGAGAAGAUCAUCGCCGAGUACAUAUGGAUCGGUGGAUCUGGCAUGGAUCUCAGGAGCAAAGCCAGGACCCUCUCCGGCCCGGUGACCGAUCCCAGCAAGCUGCCCAAGUGGAACUACGACGGCUCCAGCACCGGCCAGGCCCCCGGCGAGGACAGUGAGGUCAUCCUGUACCCGCAGGCUAUCUUCAAGGACCCAUUCCGGAGGGGCAACAACAUCCUUGUCAUGUGCGAUUGCUACACCCCAGCUGGCGAGCCAAUUCCCACCAACAAGAGGCACAACGCCGCCAAGAUCUUCAGCAACCCUGAGGUCGCUGCUGAGGAGCCCUGGUACGGUAUUGAGCAGGAGUACACCCUCCUUCAGAAGGACACCAACUGGCCCCUUGGGUGGCCUCUUGGUGGCUUCCCUGGCCCUCAGGGUCCUUACUACUGUGGAAUCGGUGCGGACAAGUCAUUCGGGCGUGACAUAGUUGAUGCCCACUACAAGGCUUGCAUUUAUGCAGGCAUCAACAUCAGUGGCAUCAACGGAGAGGUCAUGCCAGGGCAGUGGGAAUUCCAAGUUGGACCGUCCGUCGGCAUUUCUUCAGGUGAUCAGGUCUGGGUUGCUCGCUACAUUCUUGAGAGGAUCACCGAGAUCGCCGGUGUGGUGUUGACAUUCGACCCAAAGCCCAUCCCUGGUGACUGGAACGGUGCCGGCGCACACACCAACUACAGCACCAAGUCCAUGAGGAACGAGGGCGGGUACGAGGUGAUCAAGGCCGCCAUUGAGAAGCUGAAGUUGCGGCACAAGGAGCACAUCGCGGCCUACGGCGAGGGCAACGAGCGCCGCCUCACCGGCAGGCACGAGACCGCCGACAUCAACACCUUCAGCUGGGGAGUGGCAAACCGUGGCGCGUCAGUGCGCGUGGGCCGGGAGACGGAGCAGAACGGCAAGGGCUACUUCGAGGACCGCCGGCCGGCGUCCAACAUGGACCCAUACGUGGUGACCUCCAUGAUCGCCGACACCACCAUCCUCUGGAAGCCCUGAAGCGGAAGCUUUCCUCCAUCCAGCUCGCCGUCUCGUGUCGGUUUGUUCCGCGGCAGUGUCCCGGCCGUUGCAUUGCAGGGUCCCGUCCAGCGAUUUGCGCAACAAUUGUUCCUUCCCGUUCCGUUUGCUUAUACUACUCUACUACUGCAAUUUAGCUAGAAUUUGGGUCAGGUCGUGGUGUGCCAAAACAAAACACAUAAAAACUUUGACGCUUCCCACUUCCAUUCCAUGCCGUCCGUCCGCUUGGGUGAUCUCCUCCUACCUUCUUCUUCUUCUUGUGUAAUCCUCCAAUAAUGGCCGUACCACACUUGUGGUACCUUUCAGUACUUGCUGCAUCCUCAUGCAUUGCAUUGUAUAAGUGGUCGCUUUCCUA